CUGAUGUUGACUUAGCAAAAGACCGUGGGGCUGUAAAUGCAGGAAGGUAUCCUGGUUGCAAUGGCAAAGCUGUGGCUGUUUGGGAUGCUGAUCGGCCCUGCUGCAGCCCUUUUGUUGAAGGUGCCCGAAUCUCUGAUUUCCAUCUCGGAAGGUAAUACGGCCUUGCUCUCUGCCUCGUUGACAUUUCCGACUUCGGUGCCGGGCUACUUCCAGGUGCGAUGGCGUUUUGUCACUGGCCGCCGGGCGGUGCUGAUUCUCAUGGCGGAUAACUGCUUGGCAGGGAACGGUACUCAGCCCUGGAGGGACCUUUGCGAAAUCAGCGUUAGGAAAGCAGACAUAUACAGACAUCGUGUAGAAUUGUCCUCUGAGGAUGCUUCUCUGUUACUCAAGGGUGUGAGAGCUGAGGAUUCUGGGAUUUACUGCAUCACCUUGCUGGCAUUGGACGUGAUGCUGUCGGCUAACAUCAGCCUAACAGUGACCAAGGCAGAAACAAACAAUACCAAAUACAAGGGCGUACAAUUUCUAGAAGUGGAGAGAAGUGGAAUGCCUAUCAGUAAAAGUACAGGAGCAACAGGGAUGAACGCUUCAACCGAUCAGGCUGAGAGUUCGUCUAACAAGCCAGUUCCAGCAUCUCCCCCAAUGAAUGCGGGUGGUUCUGUCUCUUUCACGAAGGCAGCAAAUGACAGCGACUCUACGGUUUCCAACAUCAUUCAUUUGAGCUUAGCGGGCUUGAUUCUCUGUCUCCUUGGCCUGAUCAUAGCAGAGCAUGUUUCCUUCAUGUGCUGCAGUGAGAGAAACUCAGCAACCAGGGAUAGAAGUGGAGCCAAACUGUAUCGAGAGAGGAUGGAGGAGUACCCCUUUCCUUCUACGCCAGGCAACAUCUCCCUGCUUCUGGAGAUGCCAAGUUCAGAUAAUCUGAGAGAGCCUUAUUAUUCCAUUGUUCACUGAUCAUCUUCAGUCCUUCUUUACAGUAUGAGAAUUCUGUUUCCUUUUCAUCUACUGAAGCGCUUAUGUGAUUAUAUAGGUGGGUUUAUAUAUGAGAGGCUAAGGCUGUGAUCCUAUACCCAAGUGACCAAGUGCUACUGAACUUAGUGGGGCUUCCUUCUGAGUAGGCAUACAAAGGAUGGUGCUGUGACUGUGAAGAUCCCUUUUGGGGGGGGACUGGGAGCAAUUGCUACGUGGCUAGAGAAUAUGUCAGAAUAAUCUUACGCAUUAACAACAUUUGCACGUGGCUCAAAUAUGCAGUGGGACUGAGAAGCACUUUUGACCCUGCAGUCUGUAACCCAGUGUGAGCUUAGGUAGCAGUAAUUGAAGUCAAUUAGAUUUUUAAAAUUGAUGUCAAUUUACUUUUUAA